ACAUGGUAUCGUCCAACAUGUCGUACCUAGGGAGCCUACAUGCAAGCGCUGUUUUAGCGUUGUUUUAGCCGUAUAGCGCUGUUUAGCCGUAUAGCGCUGCAAGCGCUGUUUUAGCCGUAUAGCGCUUCCUGGCCAGCGCUGGUUCCUCAUAAGGAAAAUUUUCUACAGUGCCUCAAGAGCUGGCCCUAACACACAGAGCGUAGGAAGCGGUUUUCGCGGCAUAGAGAAUGUUGCAAUAUUGCGUCAGAAAAUUCACCAGUCAUCCUGAGGCACAUGUGUCAUAUUAGCUUCUGACCUCACUGGUCGUUGGCUUGCUAGAACGUAUAAAAGCGCAUGCGCUCAUGCACUCCUCGCAAUGCGCAUGGCCAUGGACAGAACUGCCUAAAGCAGACGCUGACGCAGGCUUUUAUGGUUCGAAAUGUGGCACUUUCGGGGCUUCUCUAAUGGACGGUGUCAGCGCAUUUUAGUUGCACUCUCAUAUACUGCCCUAUAGCCAACGCACUGCAGACCUGAUCAAACGCAGCUCUGACGUCAUAUCAAUGGCCGCACUUCAUACUUACGACAUGCGCUCUGUAGAUUCUCCGAUAACAGUCCACUUUCGUCACAACUGUGCAAAGACUGACACUUCCCUUCGCGUAACAAUCACUAGGGUUUGCACGUUGUUUGCGACGACAGGAUGCUGCCGCAUUCCUAGCAGCUUCGCGACUCUGAAGAAGAAGAACCGGUGUCAGGCCAGACGCAGUCCACGCUGUAUACCGUCACCACAACUCUGGCGCGACAAGUAUGCAUCCGGCACCACCUAGCUCCGACGAUGACGAUGGAUCCGACCGGGUCCCGUGGCAACUGCUCAUCUCGCAUUUCCUGCACAAGCAGUACCGACGGUGUCAACGUAUUUUCGUACCUGCGAACAUUCUGUUUUGCAUCGGCUUGUUGACGGCUUUCGCAUUCUCGGUCCUCUUCGAAUAUGUCGACUACCAUUUUUUGGUAAAACCGGCGGUUCCGUUCUCGAUGCCGUCGCCACCCUGGACCUUCUGGCGACAACGGAAAUACGACAGCGGCAUGCCGCGCAUCCUACUUUGGAACCGCGUCGCGGGUUGGUCCUCGUGGUACAACGUGACCAUCUGCCCACUCAGUGCUGCUGCUGCUGCUGCUGCUGGCGAUGAACUCUCUGUAGCGUGCGAGAUCACGGACAGUCGUGCCCGGCUUGUAUGGAGCGACGCCGUCGUGUUCGAAGCGGAGCGGAUCAGUCCCAAAGACAUGCCGAGUCGUCGCCUCGAGUUUCAGACGUGGGUCCUCUGGACGCAGAGCCACGUCUCUCCCGUGGGUGGAUCGUCGUUCCUCGAAUCGCGGGCCGUUGAAACUCGCGGCCACUCUCACCCGGGGAUUCGCACGAAGUUCGACUGGACCAUGGGUCGCCGGGAACUUGCCGACGUCGUGACGCCUUACAAGUCUUGGCGCUGCAGCGACGCCGCGUCCGGAAGCACGACCACGGUGGCCGAGGCCGCUCGGCGCAACCGUGAAGCUCUCGGCUACACCGGGCGAGCACGGAGAGACGCUGUCUGGAUUGUCGGCCAGCGCGAAUGGGACAUGUACGGAGAAGCCAGUGACGUCGGGCUCGAUGGAGCGAGCGGAACGGACUCCGAGCGCGAGUUCGUGGGCGUCGACCUCAUUCCCGACUGCGGGCGAUCAAGCUGCGGGUCUCGACGGGAGUGCUUGCGAGAGAUCGCCUCCAACUAUCGCUUCAUCGUCGUCACGAUGGAUCCCGACUGCUUCCACGGUCCGUACGAAUUGAUCUACGACGCGUUCGAGUACGACCUCGUUCCCGUCCUGCUGGCGUCGCCCCACGCGACGAUCAGUGUUCCUUGGCAGUCCGUGGUGUACUCGGCCGAGUUUGAGCGACUCGGCACGUUGGUGGCCUUUCUGCGCUCCUUGGCGAUCCGGCGCGUCGACUACGAGCGCUACUUCCGCUGGAAGGAACGCUGCUCCCUGAUUCCCGUCGACGACUUUUGUCCGCUCUGCCUCGCUCUCAAUGACCGAUUCUUUCACGGCCGACAUCCACCGGACGCUUGCUACCGGCGGAUGCGUCGCUUUGCGGAUUUUCGCAAAGCAUUCCGGGCGGCGCCCGUAUGGUUUGAACUGGGCCUUCUAUGGAUUCGAACGUACUGAUCUUCAAUGAAACAAAGUAGGUCUAAAAAAGCAAUGUCCUUUAAACCUCCUUGAUUAGAACUAAGACGUGCGCCAUUGGAUGUACGAAAGGUAGUAUACAAUUCGCAGUUUUGCAGCGCACGCCUCUUUCUGCGUUGAGUGUCGUGUUCGCUUGUUACUAUAUAUGCAUGCAUAUUCUUAUAUACUCUGCUAUAUAUACAUGCGUAUAUGAAAUGAAGCAAUAAAUGGCUGGGGCUUUGGGACACUGUUGGCUUUUCUUUUCUCGUCAUAUCGCCAUGCCCGCUAAUAAUCGGCACGGUGAAGCCGCGCCUCCAUCAACCACAUUUUUCGUGCAUUUAGCCUCUUCUUGUUUGUUUUCACUACCAUUUUUUGUUUACUGGCGACUGCGCUUCAUUCUUGAUAUUUUACGCAACGAAAUGGUCAUUUCACUGUAAACGACUACAACUGGUGGCUGAAUAAACGUGCCGGCGUUAUCUGCGGUUAUGC